AUGGAGUGCCAGAAGGAGACUGAGCAGAUUGCUUACCCUGUAUUCUACGAUGUUGAUCCCUCAGAAGUCCGUCAACAACUUGAUCCAGUUGGAGAAGCUUUUUCCAGGAAUAACAAGGGAGAGGUUGGGAAGUGGAGAGAGGCUCUGAAAGAAGCAGCCAAUCUGGCUGGUUGGGAUUUGAGGAAAACAUCUGAUGGGCAUGAAGCUAAAGUCAUCAAUAAAAUUGUUGAAAAGAUUUCACUAGAGCUACGUUUCCUUAAUUUAAAAGUCGAUGAAAAACUAGUAGGCAUGGAGAGCCGGAUAAAGGAUAUUGUUUCAUCUUUGGAAAUUGGUGUUGAAGAUGUUCGUAUGAUAGCACUUGAAAGUUGUGGAUUUCAUGCUAGGAAUGGCUUAAGAGUUCUACAACAAAAAUCUCUUAUAACUAUUUCUCCUGAUCAACGAUUAGGCAUGCAUGACCAUAUAGAAGAAAUGGGUCGGAAUAUUGUUCGUCGUUCACAUCCUGAUGAGCCAAUAAGGCAUAGCCGAUUGUGGAUUGGAGAGGAGAUUAAAGAUGUAUUGGUUGAUGACUUGGUUACAGGAGCAAUAAGAGCUAUAGCAACAAACACAUCGACAUGGUUUGACGAAGAGAAACUCUGUUCUACAAUUCUUACAAAUGGUUUUGGAAACUUGAAGAAACUUAGAUUUCUUCACGUGGUUUCUGGGAGCAGUUGUUCGUUUGAAGUUGGCCAAAAUUUCCCAAAUGCGUUAAGGUUUCUGAGUUGGCACUGUUACCCUCAUUACUGUUUACCUAAAACAUUCCAACCAAAUAAUCUCGUAGCACUUGAAAUGCCUAACAGUAGAAUUAAACAGCUGUGGCACGAGGGAGAAGGAAAGGUCCUUAAAAACCUUAGAUUCCUCGACCUGAGUUAUUCAAAAUUGACGACCAUUGAUUGUGGUUUACUUCCAAAUCUUGAGACAUUAAAACUUGAAAAAUGUCGUCAUCUGGUAGAACCACACACACCCAUUGGAUGCCUAAGAAAACUCGUUUUGUUAAACUUAAAUGGUUGCGUAGGAUUCAAAUCUCUUUCAUUUAUCAAACCACUGGAAUCACUUCGGGUCCUUGAUCUAAGUAAUUUAUAUCUGACGAAGUUCCCAGAUAUACUUCCAGAACAUUCCAACUAUAGUUUAUUGGCGAUUUACUUUUCAAAGAACAAUAUCCAAGAGCUACCCUCAUCGAUUGGAAGCCUUCAGAAGCUUGUUUAUCUAGAUCUCAAGGAAUUACCAGAGGAUCUUGGCCAUUUAGAAAGUUUAGAAUGGCUAAAUUUAGGAGGUACACGAGUCGAACAUCUCCCUAAUAGCAUUUGUAUGUUGAAAAAUCUGAAAACUCUACUUCUUACAAGCUGUAAAGUUGUUAUGAAUUUACCCGAAGAUAUUGGUCUGUUAGAAUCUUUGGAGGAACUAAGUCUAGCAUUUUGCAAGAUAAGAGAUGUUCCUAGUAGCAUCUGUAAGUUGACACAUCUGAGAGAGUUUGAUCUUGGCUUUUGUGAUCAACUUGAGAGAUUACCAGAGAAAUUAGGAGACUUAAAAUCUUUAGAAGAGUUAAACGUACAAGCGUGCCCAUUCACAAAGAACCAUCAUAGAAAUUGCAUUCCAGGUUUGUCUGUCACUCGCCGGCCAAUAACAUUCAUUCAUGGCUUGCCAACUUGGAUGCUUUGUGUUUACAAAGGCCAACAUAAGGUUUGUUUGAAGUUGUGA